AUGGGCCGAGGGUGCAACCCAGCUGGCGGCUUCCAGAUGCACCCGAAGCACCUGAUCGUGGGGCCCAGGUGGCUGCGAGGCUGGCGGGGGAACGAGCUGCAGAGGUGCAUCCGGAAGAAGCAGGUGGUGGGAGAUCGGAUGUUCGUAGAGGACUACCACAAACUCAACAAGAGGAUCCGCUACUUGUACAAGCGCUUCAAUCGCACUGGGAAGCACCGCUAG